GGGGCGGCCCCGGGCGGCCGAUAAAGGGUGCGGGGCUGCGGGCGGCCCGACAGAGCCGAGAAUGGGAGAAGAGUGGAGCGAUUGAGUGGCACGGCGAGCUCCUCUCCUCUCCUCACCUCGCUCUCACGGCCCGCCCGCCACCUGCUUGCCGCCCAGAACAUCUUCCACCAUGACCACCUCAGCAAGUUCCCACUUGAACAAAGGCAUCAAGCAGGUGUAUAUGUCCCUGCCACAGGGUGAGAAAGUCCAAGCUAUGUAUAUCUGGAUUGAUGGUACUGGAGAAGGACUUCGCUGUAAGACCCGCACCCUGGACUCUGAGCCCAAGAGUGUAGAAGAGUUGCCUGAGUGGAAUUUUGAUGGCUCGAGUACUUUUCAGUCUGAAGGCUCCAAUAGUGACAUGUAUCUUGUACCUUCUGCCAUGUUUCGAGACCCCUUCCGCAAGGAUCCCAACAAGCUGGUGUUCUGUGAAGUUUUCAAGUAUAACCGAAAGCCUGCAGAGACCAAUUUAAGGCACACCUGUAAACGGAUAAUGGACAUGGUGAGCAACCAGCACCCCUGGUUUGGAAUGGAGCAGGAAUACACUCUCAUGGGCACAGAUGGUCACCCCUUUGGUUGGCCUUCCAAUGGCUUUCCUGGUCCCCAAGGUCCAUAUUACUGUGGUGUGGGAGCAGACAAAGCCUAUGGCAGGGAUAUCGUGGAGGCUCAUUACCGGGCCUGCUUGUAUGCUGGAGUCAAGAUUACAGGGACUAAUGCUGAGGUCAUGCCUGCCCAGUGGGAAUUCCAGAUAGGACCUUGUGAAGGAAUCCACAUGGGAGAUCAUCUCUGGGUGGCCCGUUUCAUCUUGCAUCGUGUAUGUGAAGACUUUGGAGUGAUAGCUACCUUUGACCCUAAGCCCAUUCCUGGGAACUGGAAUGGUGCCGGCUGCCACACCAACUUUAGUACCAAGGCCAUGAGGGAGGAGAAUGGUCUGAAGUACAUUGAAGAGGCCAUCGAGAAACUAAGUAAGCGGCACCAGUACCACAUCCGGGCCUAUGAUCCCAAGGGGGGCCUGGACAAUGCCCGGCGCCUGACUGGGUUCCACGAAACCUCCAACAUCAACGACUUUUCUGCUGGUGUGGCCAACCGUAGCGCCAGCAUCCGCAUUCCCCGGACUGUAGGCCAGGAAAGGAAGGGUUACUUUGAAGACCGCCGCCCCUCUGCCAAUUGCGACCCCUAUUCAGUAACAGAAGCCCUCAUCCGCACGUGUCUACUCAAUGAAACCGGUGAUGAGCCCUUCCAGUACAAAAACUAAGUGGACUAGACCUCAGCCAUCAAAUCAAGCCCCUCCUAGUUCUGCAUCCCAGUCCAUCUCUUCACCCUCUCUGUUGUCCUGCUUGUCCCAAUUGUAACUCAAAGGGUGGAUAUCAAGGUCUUUUUUUAUUCCUCAAGCCCAGUUAACCUUGCUUUCUUCGGCCAGGAUAGAGGUGUUAAGUUCCUAACCUCUGCACCUCAGCCCCUUUUUCCCAUCGCUGGAGCUUUCUGAUGCGUAGUGGGAGGGUGGGAAGCAGGGCCGUGCUCCUCCUUAGGCAUGACUGUGGGAUGCAGCAUGUUUGGGGGGCUGGGGAGGUUAGGUUAGAAUUUCCCCUCGUGGUGGAAAGCUCCCUUUCUUGAGGUAUAAACAACUUUUUGUAGAGAAGCAGGGGUGGCGCUCAGCGAGGGAAACACCCAGCUCUCCCGCUACCGCAUUCCCCUUGCUGGGGGCUGCAGGCCCUCCCGUGGACACAAAGCCGAGUAAACUGAUAGAUGACCCUGUCUUAAAAGAAAAAUUUCUUAGUGCUUGGACCUUCAUUUAUAACACAAAGCAGAGUAGUAUUUUUAUAUUUAAAUAUAAAAACAAAAAAAUUAUGGGUAUAUGGGUAUGUGUUUUUCUAAGGGAGGAAACCAUCCUGGUCACUGGGUGCUAAAUUUGAGGCAAAUACUUUGGUUUAGAAAUAAAGGAGAUCCUUUGGAGCAGGAGUGGGGAGUGUGGUACCAGAAACGUUGGUGACUAGGGGCUCUUGAUCUUCAUUGCCACUUAAGGGUUGCCCUGCCCUGUCUACACUUCCUCCGGAAGUGGACCCUGGACAGUGGCCAGGUGGAUGCUCAUGACUGGUAUUCACAUGAGCCCAGGGCGGGGUUUAAGACCAGCAUAGUUGUCCAUGGGUUUCAGGGAGCGAGUUGGCUGGCCCACAUGAGCAUGUUCCUGACAAGAGGCAUUGGAUUAUUUUCUGGUAAAACUAGCAUGUCACUAAAGCAGGCCUUUUGAUACAUUAAAUUUUUUAAAAGCAAAACAGAGGUUUAGAUUUUAAUCAAAUUUGUAGGGUUUCUAAGUCUAAUUUUUCAAAAUUGUCUGCUUCAGCUGUCUCCUUCCACUCUUCUCUUGGAGGAGUUGGGACAGGGCUGGAGUAAAAAUCCUUGUAAUGUUGUAUCCUUGUGUCUUUUCUCCCAGUGCAGAAUAUUCCCUUCUUUGUUAAGAUUCCUAAGGAGUUACCCUUUUUUCUUCUAUAAUAAACAAACCCCACCUCCAUCCUGCAUUUCCCCUACUGUUCUCUGGUUUUUGGCUGGCCACAGCAGGCCAGCUGUGGUUUUCUCUUGCCAUGACAACUUCUAAUUGCCAUGUACAGUAUGUUAGAGUUAGAUAACUCCUUGUUGUAAACAAACUGUAACUGCCCAGAGCAGCGCUUAUAAAUCAACCUAACAUAAGA